CUCAGUGGGGUUGUCUGUAUAGGCUAUAAGGACGCAUUACGUAGGGCGGCCCGGUGAGGAGACAGAAUCAUAAAAUGGUCGGACUUCAUCACAGAGCAAACAAAGUUUGUCCGGCGUGACCCCUUACCUGCCGGAACAAUCACAUGACGACACCUGAGAACACUAGUUGAUCAUCAUGGCGGCUAACGGGACCACCUCCCCCCAGUCUCUCCACGUCUGGGACACCAAGGACAACUUUCUGGUCUGUAAACUGUGCUCGGAGGUCUACACCAACCCGAAGCUGUUGCCGUGCCUUCAUACUUUCUGUGAAGACUGUUUGGAAAGAUUUGCCUCCGUGGACGUGGAUAUAGUGGAGUGUCCCGUGUGCCGGGUGAACCACACGAUUCCGGACUUGGGUGUAGCUGGGUUUGAAGAUAACGGAUUUGUGGCGAGUUUGUGCGAGGCUCUGUCUGCUAAGGACGAGGACACCAGGGGCAGGGAGGUGCCGUGCUCGGUGUGCGGGGACGACGAGGACGGGGAAGUGCUGUCGGUGUCCCACUGCAUCGAGUGCGGAGACAACCUGUGCCCGGACUGCGCCUUCGCCCACCCCCGAACAAAGUUCACCCGAGGUCACCAUGUCGUGUCGCUCUUUGAGCUAUUGUUCGUCAAAAACAAGGGUAAGCUUGACGAGCGGAGGAAAGACAUCGAUCAAGACUUCGACAAGGAAGCCCCGAAAUACCGAGCCGCGAGUGAGCGUAGUCUAAGCAAGGUCAAAGGGUUCCUGGACACGGCUAGCAAGAAGAUUCCGUCCUACGAGACUUCCAUCAGGAAAUUGAGAGAAUCAGAGACGCACAAGGCGCGACAGAAGACCGAGGUUUCCGAGCAGAUCGCCGAAACCACCAGAAAAUAUAUCUCCGCCGUGGAAGAACAAAAGAGAUUCCUUCUGUCCGAACUGGAAACUGUUUACGAGCGGGAAAAGUUGGACAUCGAAGCUGAGAAAGACUCGCUGAGCGUGGACUUAGUCCGGCUCCGCAGCACCUGUGACUUCACGGAGAAACUUCUGCGGUACGGCAGCGACCUGGAGGUGAUUCAGUACCAGGACAGGCUGAUUGAAAACCUACAGGAGGUGGGGAAACUCGAGCCGAGGGACGACAUCAUCGAGGGUCUGGUGGGGUCGGAGCUGCUGUUCGUGACGGAGGACGCGGACGUGCAGUACGUCCUGCAGAAGAUGGGUCAGCUGGAGACGCGCCUGAAGGACGACACGACGUCCGUGUCCGAGGCAGACGCGAACAGCGCGGACGAGCUGGACGACGUGGACCGGCCCAUCCUGAGGAAGGACGACGUCGACGUCAUGCGGCUGGACAGUCUGACCAAGAGCACGGACGACGAGACGGACCAGCCGGAGCGCAGAGACUCCAUGGCGCACGCCAAGACCACCAAGAGACUCGUGCUGGACUUCGGUAAUGACGGGGAGGGGGAGGGGCAGUUCCUGGCUCCCGAGGGGGUCCUGUUCACGGACACUGGGGACAUCCUUGUUCUGGACUCCAUACAGAAAUCCAUGCAGGUGUUCGGACAGGAGGGAGAGUUCAAGUCCAGAGUCAAGCUGCCCGUGUUCCCACGUAAUGUCGUCUGGACGAAGGAGGGCUACCUGGCGCUGACCGGGAACAUGCACGGGCGCGGGUGUGUGGUGAUCAUGGACCCGGAGGGGCGGGAGCUGCGGCGGUUCGACGCGGACGGGAAGCUGGAGUUCGUGCACGGGAUCGCCGUGGACUCGCACAGCCGCUUCAUCCUCACCGAUGUUAGAAAGCACAAGGUGACCAUCCAUUCGCCAGAGGGAGACCUUGUGCACCAGUUCGGUAAAUACGGGAACGACGCCUACUCCUUCAACAAGCCACAUUACGUCACCGUCAACAGCAGAGACGAGCUUAUCGUCUGCGACAGAGGGAACCACUACGUCAAAGUGUACGACUACCAGGGCAAGUUCCUCCGCAAGUUCGGCGGCUGCGGAAACGACGCCAACAACUUCAUCUACCCGUACGGCGCCUGCGUCCUGACGUCCGGGGACAGCGCGGACGACAUCGUGGUGUGCGACAGCGGACACAACAUGCUGAAGAUCUUCCACUCGGACGGGAACUUCCAUCGGUACGUCCUGACGCAGGACGACGGACUCAUGUCACCCAAGACCCUGGCACUGCGGGAGGAACACAACCAACUUGUGCUGACCGAGAGAGACAGAUGUUACGUCAAAGUGUACAAGCUAGAGGACUGAUCAUGGACAAACUGUUGAACUUUGAAAGCCCCAAAGGCUUUGGGUUUGUUGUCAUGUGUCAUGAUUCAUGCAAAAAUUAGUGUUGUAAUAAGAGAACAAAAGAAAUGACACUAUAGGGUUAUGUUUGCCAAUCUCAUAAAAGGUUGACCCGCCAAAUAAUCUCUUUACCACUUGUGAAAUAUGUAAAAAUCACUGCAGUAAAGGCAUAAAAACCUGUCACUCUGGCUUGAGUCAGGGCGCACACUAAGAAUUCUUCCAUUGUUACAGACAAUAUUGAUAUCGACUACUGUUCGAUACAGAAUUAUUGCAAAUGCACAUGUUCAGUGUAGACUUUGAAGUAGAGAAAUGUUCUGUAUAUCCCGGUUUGAUUAACAUUAUUAUCAUAUGCAGUGGUUUGAUAUAACGAAACAUGAUCUGCGCACACAUAUUUUAUACGUUCAAUUGAUAAUGAUUUUCAUUCAGAAAUAUCAAUCUUAGUUUUGAUAAAAACAAAUGAAUAUGUGUUGCAAUAAAUAUAUUAAGUACAUUUUCCGGAAAUGAUGGUCAGAAUCCCUAAUACAUUCUCCAUGUGAUAGUUUCUUCCAUGCCAAUAAAACUUAAAGCUCUGGUUGUGGCGUAUCCUGGUUAUGAACGUCAUCUUG